AUGGACGAGGAGUUCGAACCGGAAGCGCCUCCGGCGGAAGACGAGGAUCCCGACGAGCCCACGACCAGGGCCGAAUUCCAGAAUUGGCGCAGCAAGUUCAAGAACAAUGUCCAGCUGUGCGCCACACUUUACCAAGAUCGGCACCUGGUCUGCGUGCCGGUGCUGUGUGUUCUGCAACUACAGGUGCGAAUCAAGAUGCUGGCCCUCUGCAGCGAGGAUGUGUCCAAGGAGUUCUACAACAAUCUGCAGCAGCAAAAGCAGGGGCAGGCCCUGGGCAUGUCUCAUGGCGCGGCGAUUCAACUGGAGUGGACUGCCGGCAGAAGCGCUGGCUCUUGGUUUCGCACCGUCCAGUCCACGUUGGGAAAAAUUCAUUCUACGAAGUUCUUGCAAGAGCUCACGGUGAGUGUUUGGCAUGGGCACCGACCUGCUGCAAUGGACGAGCAAUGGGUGCAAAGAGACGCCGCAAUCUUGGAGGAGGCAUGGCUCGUGCUUCUGGAGCUGGCUGCAGCCAGGACCUGGUCGCAAGCAAUGUUCACGUUCACCCCGCCAUACUUGCUGGCGACCAUCUUUGGCGAGGCUGCUGCUGGGCAGUGGUCUUUGGCUUGGCUCAAACGUCUCGACGCUGGCCUGGCAGUCGCACAUCGAAUUCGCAGGACUUCGCCCGACACACCUGUAGCCACGGCCCUCAACGACCUUCUACGUGACCUGUGGUGGCAUUCUACACCGAUCUGCCUGGAAAUUCUGCAGUGCGCCCGAGACGCCCAAUACGACAAGAACGACGACAAUCUUCGCAUCUUGGGCUUUGGGCUCUUUGCCGGCCCCAGCAACACCAAACACAGUGCUGAGGACGUCUUCGCUCAUUUGACCCACGUUCAGCAGCGAUCACAGAAAGGCUCGCUGAGAAUGAGCAAGUCGCACGACUGGGUUUUGGACUCGGACGUUUGA